ACUAGUAAACAAAAGUGUCCACCAAGCGUGAGCAAAGCGACGCAUCCGAAUCCGCAUCUCCCCUUUUUAUAUAAAAAUCACCCUUUUAAUUAUAAUUUCCUUGUCAUACUUCUCUUCUUCUUCUCUCCAAACCCAAGUUCUUGUCUGAAAAAAGCAGUUUCAAUCCAUGUCUUUCAGAUUCAGAGGAGUUACCAAGCCAAAUGCAACAUCUGGAAUGGGUGUUGCGGAUCAGAGCAAAACAACAUACCACGAGCUCCAGAGGAAGAAGACUCAUCGCUACGUCGUCUUCAAGAUCGACGAACUCAAAAACCAAGUGGUGGUUGAGAAGACAGGAAACCCAGCAGAGAGCUACGACGACUUCUUAGCUUCUCUCCCCGACAAUGAUUGCAGAUACGCUGUUUACGACUUUGAUUUCGUCACUUCCGAGAAUUGCCAGAAGAGCAAAAUCUUCUUCGUCGCUUGGUCUCCGGAGACAUCUAGGAUCAGGGCGAAGAUGCUUUACGCGACAUCGAAAGAGAGGUUUAGGAGGGAGCUUGACGGGAUUCACUAUGAGAUUCAAGCUACUGAUCCUACUGAGGUUGAUCUUGAUGUGAUACGUGAACGAGCAAACUGAGGAAUGAAUUAUUUUGUUCGAUGUUAAGACGAUGCUUAUGGACUUAUGGUAAUGUAAUGAAAAUAAUUAUUUGGAUUUUCUCUCGUAUUUCUCUGUGUAACCACAGUUUCAUGUUCUCUAUGAACAAUUGUAUUCAAACUCAGUUGAUGUUUCAAAUUGCUUAUCUAUAAAACCCUCUUUGUAACUUAGUUUUGUUAUGACCUGACCCGUGGUUGGCUAGGGUCGAAUUGUGGACGAGUUGUUGAGUUGUUAGACUCUGUAAAGCCCUCAGAAAAAAAAUAUGAAUCUUGCAAAAUUUUAUCAAACGUAGUAACA